AUGUCUUACGCCUCCAGCUUCACGGCAGCGCUGCCUCCCUCGACACUGCAGAUUGUAUCGACUUCUGACCAUAAGCAGCGAACAGAAUAUGAUCUGCUCAAGUUCCUGGCAACAGUCCAAGCGUUCCAGGUUCAGAUCCUGUCAAUCUCAUGGCAGCACGGUCGGGAUCCCAUCGGGCAGGGCGGGACUGCAAGAGUGCUCGAGACCCCCGUCAACGUGAACACCAGCCUCGCAUUCAAACACGUCGCCUACCAGUUGGUCGCGACACAGCCCCAUAACCAUGCUUCGACACAGUAUGGACUCGACUCCUAUCAGCUUCUGAUGGACGCUGUCAGCGCCCUGCCAGAGUCGCAGGUCUUCCGCCUCCUCACGGUUGAGGUCGUUGCUCUGCUCCACCCCAUCAUCCGCAGACAUCCCAAUAUCGCUCAACUGCAGGGUAUCUGCUUUGAGGUAUCCCCGGGUGACCAGCGCCCGUGGCCGGUGCUCGUCUUCGAGAAAAGCAGCCUUGGGGAUCUCUUGAGCUUUCUGGCGUCUCCUGUAGGCAGGGCCACGGGGAUGGAUGCGAGGAUCAGGCUGUGUGCUGACGUGGUGUGGGCUAUCGCCUAUAUGCAUAUGCAUGGCAUACUCCACGGAGACAUCAAGCCCGAAAAUGUCCUUGUAUUCCCGGAGAGUGAUGGACAAGGCUGCAACGCUCGAGUGACCGACUUUGGCUUUUCUACCCUCCAACUCUCCGGACAAGCCUCGUGCCGGCUUAAAUUGCCGAUGUCGCGGCCGUGGAAUGCCCCAGAGCAUGAUCGCUUGUCACGGGAGUGGACACUGACCGAGGCUAUGAGGGCUGAUAUCUUCUCUUUGUCCAUGUUGUGUUUGUGGAUCCUCUUCGAGCCCUAUCUCAUGGGUGCCAAACCAAGAGCUGAAGAUGUCAAACAGUUUUGUCCUGAUCUAGUAGGCUUGGAUGCAGCGAUGGAGAAUAUCAAUGAUCUCAAGCUUGACAGAACUCUUCCGGUCGUUGCGCAGCGUCUGCUGGAACUGGAGGUUGGCUCUCUAGACCAGGGUCAAAGAUAUGCGCUUACCAACUUCUUUGAGUUGGGUUUGAGCACUGAUCCUUUGGAUCGGGAUAGAGUCGAUCUUCAAGAAUUCUUGAGGGGCGUACAGCCAACAUGGAUCAGAGAUAUGUCUCCCCGCCAAGAUCUUGCACGAGAUCUCAGUCUUCAAGUCUCAGCGUCGGACUUCAAGUCCUUCCAUCGAUGUGACUAUAGGUUACGUUCACACAUUGCUCACUGCAUCCGUGACCGACACCAAACCAAUCCGGCCGAGUUCAGAGUCCAGUUGGCCUUGUGCUAUUAUACUGGGUUCGGCUUCGUAAGGGACGAGAGUAGAGCGGAGUCCAUCCUCCAGGGAAGCAACCUAAAAGUACAAGAUCUUCAAGACAUUUUACGCCAAGGACUCGAGAACGAGCGAUACCGUGCAACGCAGUGGUUCUACAACCUCUCGCAAUCUGGAUCUGUCGGCACAGAGGCACAAGCAUUUGCCAAUAUUUACCUGGAACAUAGAAUGCUGGCAGAGGCAGAAGCUUACCUCAACCAGGAACGACGAGACUUGACUGCUGUUCUCGGCGCUCAAAGCAACCCUGUUAACGACGUCUCGCAAGCUUUAUCCGCGGUCUAUAUGGCGCAGUCCAUGUUCGAAGAGGCGGAGCUUCUUACAAAAGAGGUUUACCAGAAGAUUGAACGGGAGAAGGGAAGUGAGAGCCAGCCGACUCUCGAAAUCAUGAGCCAACUCGCAGGACUAUAUCUUGUCCAGGAGCGCUGGCUGGAGGCUCUGGCAUUACAGGAACAGGUCGCCGAGAAACUGUACACAAUGCUGGGGGACGAGUCCGAGGAAGUGCUGCAAGCGUGGAAUGUAUUGGCGUUGAUUUAUUCCAGCCUGGGCCGGGUCGACGAAUGCGAAAGCCUGCAAAGACAAGUGCUGGAGACGUCGACCAAGGUGCUUGGCCCAGAGCACGAAUACACACUGGCUUCCAUGUGCAACCUGGCCAACACGUACUGUGAGGCGGGUCGCGAAGAAGAAGCGAUCAGUCUGCAGGAGCGGACAUUGGAGACGUACCGGCAAAUCCUCCCGGCUGGCCACCCGGAUGUGUUGAGGGCCAUGAGGAACCUGGCUGUGAUGUAUUCGACGGUGGACCGAUGGGAUGAUGCCGAAGCACUGCUCUCCAAGGCUCUGGCCGACACGCAAGCGAUAUUUGGCGAGCGACAUAGGAAUGCACUGCUGUGCCUGGGGAGCCUGGCUGUGGUCUACAGAGGCCGGGAUAGAGUGGAGGACGCUGAGGCUCUGCAGAUCGAGAUUCUGCAGGCUAGAAAGGACCUCCUGGGCGACGAUCAUACCGAGACGAUUGCGAGCAAGCAAUCGCUCGUCCUAACGUACCAAGAACAGAGACGGUGGCAAGAGGCCGAAAGGCUGCAGGAAGAGGCCGUCGAGACCCAGGGUAAGAUAAUGAAACCGGAGCAUCCGUUGGUGAUGGAGGGCAUCGUGAAGCUGGCCAUUAUAUACUGGAACCGCCGGCGGCUGGCCGACGCCAACGAGCUCUUCAACCGCAUCUUGGAUAUGAGGGUCAAGGUGUUCAAGGAAGACGACCUGAGAACCCUGGACGUCAUGGAGCUGCUGGCGACGACAAUGCGGAGCGAAGGUCGCUCGAAGACGGCCGAGUCUCUACUCGCGCAGGUUAUCGAUAAGCGCAGGGUGAAGCAAGGGGAGAAGGCGCCGACCACGCUGAAGAGCAUGUCUGAGCUGGCAUGGGCGUACUGGAUCCAGGAGCGGUGGCAGGACGCCGAAGAGCUGCACAGCAAGGUCCUGGAGGCGAGGAGGGAGAUGUGGGGGGAGGAGCACCGCCUCACGCUCGACAGCGAGUCUGGCCUGGCAGCAGCUCUCGCCGGCCAGGGGCGGUGGGGCGAGGCCGAGGAUCUGUGGACCCGGGUCAUCGAGAAGGGCGAAAGGGUGUGGGGGCCAAAGCAUUUCAGGCUGAUGGACUGCCGCGAGCGGCUGGCCAAGAUGUACCUCAAGCAGAAGCGGUGGCAGGAGGCGGCCGAGCUCUACCAGUCGGUGGUCCAGGACCGGAGCGCGGCCGCCGUCGUCGAGCCUCGAGACAUGAGGUCCGCCCGGGUCGGGCUGGCGUGGGCUUACAUGGGCCAGGGCCGGGGCCUGGAGGCCACGGUGCUGCUCAAGCAGGCGAUGGAGGAGGAGAGCGAGGAUCAUCAACCGGCGCUUCUUCGACGGAAUUACAGGCAUCUAGCUGAGAAUCUUCGCAGAUGA